GGCUAUGGUCACUCGUUGAAUUGGGUACGCAUACUUAUUCUAUAAAGCUGUUCUAAUACAAAUACACACUUUCAACAUUCUGCGUAUGUCGUGCAAGUUUCUGAUCACUGAAAGUCGUGUGCGUCGCCUCGUGCUUCACGCCUGACCUAUUCCACAGGCAUAGCUCCUUUGCUUCCAGCUCUCAGCUAUUCAAAAGCUGGGGCAUCACAUAGACCCCGACCCCGACUUCAGAGUUUCUCUCUUGAAACAAGGCAUAUGACAAACAUUCGCCGGCAAGUUCCCUGCACCUGCAUUGCGAGCGAUGAGUCUUGACAGUGCGUGGUGUGUGUUUCUACGGUGUUUUUGCACGGAGCAGCUCAGCACGGGCCAAGUUGAACCGAUAAGACUUGAGACGUGACCGAUAAGGCAAGGCAGAAACGUCCCUGCCGCACCUGCCCGUCUCCAACGUAUCAAUGGCAGGUGCCUACCUUACCUUACCUACCUUACCUCCACUGCCCUGCAUCCAGUGCUUCCAUUGUCGCUGGGUACCUCAAAGGCCCCCUAAGGCUGUCUCAAAACCUCCUUAGCUUACGGUUAUUCCCCCGCAUAUUCGCUGCCAACUCCUCCACAACAGUCCCCAAGCGGCGCGUUCACCCACACACCCACGAUCCGCACCCUCAACUACAGUUUGGCGAUUCACGAUCCGAAAGAAAGCGUCAGCAGAAUUCCUCAUUCGGCAGUCUACACCAACAUCAUCGUCACUUCGCCAUGCCGCCUGCGUCCGCAAUUCGCGGCGGUCCGUGGGCCUCGAGCUCCGGCGGCAAGCGCGGCACCGCUUCCAAGGUGCAUCAAGGCGGCAAAGGCAAGACUGUGCUGCAGAACGCGGGGACCGGUGCAAAAAGACACCGGAAAAUUAUGAAGGAUUGUAUCCGGGGUAUUACGAAGCCUGCUAUUCGUCGUCUGGCUCGUCGUGGCGGCGUCAAGCGGAUUUCCGCCAUGAUCUACGACGACGCCCGUGAGGCCCUGAAGACCUGGCUCGAGUCUGUCCUAAGAGACUGCGUGACGUAUGCGGAGCAUCGUAAGGCGAAGACUAUCACUAUUCACGACGUAAGUCUCGUGAUCUGCCUCCGUCGGAUUCUAGUGGCAGGGUCGGUGUUAUUCUAUAAAGAUUGGUAUCUGACGUUUCCCUUACCUUAGGUCUUGUAUUCUCUGGCCCGCAAGGGCAAGCCAAUCUACGGAUUCGACCCCGAUACCUUUGUCGACCCGAAGUCGCGCAAGGCCAAGGCAGCAGGCAUCCAGGACUGAGAGGACUCACCCCUUUACCUCCUCUUGCGUCUCUUCAAACUUUAGAGAGGCAAGGUGUUGGUCAAAGCCGCCAAAAGGAUUUCCACCAUCGGUCAGAAAAGCGUGCCAUCACCACAGCUAUUUGUUGGACCUUAUCGCCUUUUCUGGUCCUCUUUUCAUUUGUCUUCCGAGGUAUAGGCACCUCUGGCGUUUACGGUUGAAGCGAGUAUGGACGACAAAGCACUACGGAAUAGGGAUACGUAUGUGCCUCACUUUCUUUCUGGAUCCCAACAUUGGGUUUAUGAGGCCUUGCAAGAGAGGAUCCUAGAUGGCCAGGAGAUUAUCGCGUGGGGAUGCGCGAAACUUAUCGACCGCCUGAAACGACGGAGGAGAGAGAUAUCAUGUCAUCGCGAAGGAAAGACUGAAAGAAAAGGGUUUUGGAGACUACUCUCCGGAUAUUAGAGCCUCAGGGGGGGGGG